AUGGCCACCGACUACGCCAAGAAGACCAAUGCCGAGCUGAUUGAGAUCCUCAAGUCGCGCUCUCUCUCCCACACAGGCAAGAAGGCCGACCUUGUGUCUCGCCUCCAGCAGGACGACGAAAGCAAACCCGCCGGUAAGCCCGAGGUCGCCGACGAUGUCAUCGACUGGGACGACGAGGUCCCCGCCGAGAGUGCCGCGAAGCCGUCAACAGAGGCCGGCGCGGCGGCCAUUGCUGCGGGCGGCAAGGGCGCCGUCGCCAACCCAGUCGCCGUGCCGAACCAGAAGCUGGACACCGAUCCGGCCGCGACCGAUGACCUGAAGGUAGAAGCGACAGGCGCUGCCGCCGCCACCGAUGCUGCGCCCACCCAGGCAGCUGAAGCAAAGCCCGUCGUGGACUUCAGCAGGGGUCUUCCCUCGUCCGAGCUGGAUGAGGAGCUGCGGAAGCGCAAGGUGCGCGCCGAGAAGUUCGGCAUCGUUGAGGACUCGGAGACUGCAUUGAAGGAGGCACAGAAGCAGCUGGAGCGAUCCAAGCGGUUUAGCACUGGUGCUGGCGCCUCCGCUGAAAGCAGCGCCGGCGUUGGUGUCAAGGGCCUGGACGAGGCCCUCCCCGACGAGCGCUCUCGCAAGCGGGCGCGCGGUGACCAGGGAGGGCGUGGAGGCAAGAGACGUGAUAUGGGCGGCCGGCAGCAACGCAAUCGCCCACGCGGAAGCGAUGGUAACCGAAACCGCGAGGGUGGUGUGCAGAAGCCCCAGCCGCAGCAGAAAAGCUGGAGCGAGCAGGAUGUUCAGGCAAUGGAGGCGCGGAAGAAGCGGUUCUCGCAGGCGGCCUGA